UCCGUAAAAAUACUGUACAAUCUACCGUUUUUCUAUGAAGGAAUUUUCCGUUUUGAUUUUUCACAGGUUUUUUUCCGUAUUUCUUUAAUUAUGCAUUGCAUUCUGGGAGUAAGAAUCGACAAGAAGCGGGAAAAUUUACAAUCAAGGCAGCCAUCUUCAUGGGCAGAGAUUUGGAGACAAUUUUGCAUCUUUCUCAGGACAGCUGUGAUCUGUGGAGUGGGUGCCUUAAAUGAUUUUUGCAACAACAAACAUUGGCAGAACUGGAACAAGGCCAUGUGAGCUUGUUACCUUUGUAAGCUGAAAAGGAAGCUAUCAUUUUGAGCUCCGGUAAAGGUGCAAGGUCCCUCCUCCCGCUUAAGCAUAUGCCACUAUGGAGCUAGUAAAAGAGUUGGUUAAAAAAGCUAUGCCAUUGCUCAGCAAUGAUCUCAUGGAUUUACUCAUGGCUCGACUGGAAGUGAUUGGAGUAAACAGUGUAGAUGACCUUAACUUUGUCAGGAUUGAGGACGUCGAUGGAAUUCUACCACCUAUUCAGUGUCAAAGACUGAUUCAGGCCUUCAGUGUCGAGCAACAAGUUGGAUUGGUCUCCAUUUCAAGACCUUUGCCACAGAGUGACCAUCAGCCCCAAACAUCAUCUCUAACUCCUGGUCCCAUGGAUUAUUCCUUACCCUGUGAGCCAUAUGCUGUACCAUGGCACAAAAUGCCUCCCAACCUCAUGCUUGCGUUGAGGGAAAAGAAGAGACCAAAGCCUAAGGAGAGAAGAGAACUUGUUCGUGUUAUUAUUGAUGAUGUCCUCUGUAAAGAAAACAUACGACCAGGAAGAGCAAAGCUGCGAGAGAUUGCAAGGCAGAUUGUGCAGGAAUAUCCCUUCUCUUUUCAAGACAGAGAGCUCAGUGGAACUAAAGUCAUUGGAACAGGAUAUGAGUCUUUGUUUAUACAGCUAGAAAACAGAGUUGAAAAUGUUAGGAGGCCAUUAACGGUCUGCUCAGCAAAGAAAAUGGCAGAUGAUGAAGCCAGAAAGAAGAAGCCUACAUGUUCAGAUUGGUAUGGAUGUGUUGAGUGGCAGCCUGCAGUUGAGGACACAGAAGAACUAGAAAUUAAGCAAGAAGAGUUAAAAAGAGCCUUCAACACUGACCGUCUUCAGGAAUCAUCUGUUCGAAAACUGAUGGCUGAAACAUAUUGCAUCCAACGUGCAACUAUAAACAAAGGAACUGCUGUAAACAAAAUAGUGGAUGAGUGGCCCUUCCUUUUUGAGGCAGUCCACCUUUUUGAGCACACACAGACUCUCCUUGGCUUUGCAGUUCAAACAAAGCUAUCAGAAGAACUAACAAUCAAAGAAAGCCCAUAAAAGACUUUCUUAACUUAAAAGGCAUCGAAAUACUGGAAGGUCCAUUAUCACUGAUAGCUGGAAUUGCAAAGUACUUCAAGGAAAACCCUCACCAUCUUAUGUACCAAAAUAAGCAACAGAUUUGCACAGCUGGUGGACUGAGCAUCCCAUGCACCCCCUGCAUACUUACUAUGGGUUUGUAGUCUAUAUUACACACUUUCCAGUUGUCAAAUC